GACUUUUGUUCCGCACCCGCGUCUUCUGUAAAUGGCGAGCGGGCGUUCUCCAGUGCUCGCCUCCAGGUCAAUCAUACCCAGCACAACAUUGCCCCUCACACAUUCAGGGCGAAGAUGGCUGUCGGCUCAUGGCGUAAAGAAGGUCUGCUUGACGAUUUGGACGAUGUCGCGUCCAUGCUU